AUGACUGAACAAUAAAACUUAAAGGAAGAUUCAAAUAAGAACCUAGUUGGUACUGCCAAAGUAGUUCCUAGAGGAUCAAAAGAGAUUUCCAACCUUUUUGGGGAUCGAAGAUCUUCAUAUAAUAUUGAAGGUUACGAUCGCGUUAUUGCAGACGAGUAAUUGAACAUCCUAUAACAGAAUUACUGAUUAGUUACAACAAGGAAUCCCAUUGAUAGAUAAGGCAGUUAUUGCAUUAGUUGUGCUAUUCACUCUUCUAGUCUUUAUCAAUUUCUCAUUUACAUGUAAAUUGUUGUAAAAAAUAAUAAUAGCAAAUGAUGCUAAAGAGGAUCCUAAUAUAGAUAAGACAUUAUUUGUGACUAAGAUAAUAGAACUAGUAAUAUUAAUUCUAUUUGUUUUGGAAAUAUCUAUCAGAUGUUAUUAAAAUGGAUUUAUUGUAUUAUAUUGCAUUUGAUCAUAGAUUUAUUUUUCAGAUUGUUGGUCAUUUUUUGAUGCAUUAAUAAUUGUUGCAUCAAUAAUCUUAAUAAUUUUGGAUUUGAAUCUAUAAGGUGAUGCAUUUACUACUAUAAGUAAGGUGUUGAGAGGCAUCUUUAGAUUUUUAAGAUUGUUUUUAGUGUUUCGUAAAGUAAAUAUAUUGAAUUAUAUAUAUUACAAUAGUAUAAUCAAGUGAAAAAAAUCAAUAAUGCAGGAUCAAGAUAUACAGUAAGAUCACCAGUUGAAAAAGUGAUUGAAAUUAUGCGUGAUUUGGCAGAUUAAUUUGAGGAUCCAGACAUAAUCAAAUAAUUAAAUUGGGGAAUCACUCAUAUUUCAAAUAAUACUGUAUAUGAACCAAUAAUAGAAGGUAGGAAAAGUGAAGCAUUAGGUUGGUUAAAUUAACCUUAAAAUUAAUUGAUGGUUUCUUAGGAAUCAAAGAGAUCUAAUUCAAUAGAUAUUAUUUAUUCAAAUGAUACAAAAUUGCCUGAAUCUUUAAGACAAGAUUUUGCAUAAAAUAUAUUGAAAUUAGAUUAUGAUUAUUUCUCUUUAUUUGAAAAGUAUGAUAGUGCCAUCUUAACUAAUUUGAUGUGUUAUUAUUUUGAAAAAGAACAUUUAUUUAGCACUUUAAAAAUAUCUCCUGAUUCUUUUAAAAAAUGUAUGGAUCGAUUAGGAUCUAGUUAUCAUAAAGAGAAUCUCUAUCAUAAUGUAAUUCAUGCUUUCGAUGUUACACACACAGUAUAUUUCUUUAUUGAAAAAUGUAAUUUUAAAGAAAUUGGAAAAUUGACUAAAUUAGAUUAUUCAAUUCUAUUACUCUCUGCAGCUGCACAUGAUGUUGAUCAUCCAGGAUUUAAUAAUAUAUUUUUAAAUAAUACAAGACAUGAAUUGGCUAUGACUUAUAAUGAUAAAUCUUCACUUGAAUAACAUCAUGCUGCAACUCUAUUCAAAUAUAUUAGAGAUACUGAAUUAUUUGCAAACUUUUCAUUAUAAGAUUUCAAGUAUUUUAGAGAGAAGUCUAUUAGUAUGAUUUUGAGUACAGAUAAUGCAAUGCAUGGAAAAGGUAUUUAUGAUUUAAUUAUUAGAUUUUAAUAAAUUAAAGGCAAGAUUAGCAUCUAAUGAUUUUGAUCCUGGUAAUAAAGAUAAAGGUAUUUGUUUUGACACUUUGUUACAUGCAGCAGAUAUCAGUAAUCCCUUUAAACCAAUAAAGAAUUAUGAGUAAUGGACUUUUAGAGUUUUAGGAGAAUUUUGGUAAUAAGGGGAUAAGGAAAAAGAUUUGGGACUUCCAAUCACUAUGUUAUGUGAUAGAAGAACAACCAAUGUUGCAAAGAGCUAGAUCGGAUUUAUAGAUUUCAUGGUAAUUUAUAUAUUUAUUUUAGGUAUUACCUUACUAUAAUACUCUUCAAUAAAUUAUUCCAGUAUUAGCUGAAUUUAUGGAAUAGAUUUCAGAAAACAAAAGGUAUUGGGCUGAAUAAAUUGAACACUAUCAAACAUUACUUAAUACAUAAUGA